AUGCUCCAGAAGGUUCUACUACGACCCAUGACCAGCGUUCCAUGCGCACACGAAUCCACCAUUUCGUACCGAUUCCCAUCGUCGUCUGGGAGUCCAUCCCCUCCCCCCAUCGUACCAUCGUCGCCCGAUCUGGCGCAUCAAAACCAACCCGGGCCCUCCGACCCCUACCUCGCCCUCCCACCGCCUGAAGACGAGAUCCCCGACCUCGACGAACUGCCCUCCGAACAACCACCCUCGCCUCCACCUCACACGCCUGCCCCUACCAUGUCAGGGCAUCACCGCAUCACCCUCGCCGCCAACCCCCCCUACUUCGAUGGCGACAAGUCCAAAUACCUGGGCUUUGUGGACGCGUGCACCACUUACAUCGGUGCCUAUCGAUCGGAGUUCUCACAAGAUGAGACCAAAAUCCUCUUUGUCCUCUCCUACCUCCGUAAUGAGAACGGCACGAGCUGCGCUGCCUCGAGAUGGGCGAUGAACUGGAAGCAGCACAACUUCGAUGGCUUCCAGGGACUGAAGGCAGGAGUCACAUCAAAGAACUUCCUGGAGGAGUUUCAGAGGGCGUUCGGGGACUCCAAUGCGGAACAAGUCGCCGCUGCUCGGCUUAUGGCCCUGCGUCAAAACAAACGGUCCUUCGCGGACUACAUCUCCGACUUUGAGAUGUUGGCCGCGGAUGCAGGCUACAAUGUGGUUGACACCACCGACGACAAAGGCGAAUACAAGAAGGGGGACCAGGAUAAUAUCCUCAUCGAGUUCCUGGAGCGCGGACUCAGCAGCGAGAUCGCCAGCCGUCUCUACAACACCGGUGUCCCUCUGCCCAAGGCCUAUGGAGCGUUCAAAGCCUGGUGCAUCAACAUCGAAGCCAAUGCUCUGCGUGACCAGCUGCGCAAAGCGUCGUAUGGGCACCCCACACAACGACCACCUCCCCAGUUCCGUCCCCAAACGGCACCAGUGGCGCCCACACCCGCUCCGGCCCGACCCGCUGCCAACGAACCGGUUCCGAUGGAAAUCGAUCGUACCCACGCCCGCGGCCGCAAUAUCAUCUGCUACAACUGUCAGCAGCCCGGGCACAUUGCGCGGAACUGCCCGGAGCCCAAGAAGAAGCGCACGUUCUUCAAUCGGGCCACAAUGCUGGAAGAAAUCGAGAACGGGGACAAGGACAACGAGUUCCUGAAGGAGAUUGCCGAGAAGCUGCGCGAGAAGGGUUUUUGA